AUGGAGUUUGGAUGGCCUCCCCCCCAUCGCUGUGCUGCCGCCUCCGCCUCCUCAACUAUCCGCGGGGUGGCCAGCACAAUCGUGGUCCCUAAGGCGGUCCCUCAGUCGUCUACCUCGAGACCUGUGACGGUCCCUAAGGCGGUCCCUCAGUCGUCUACCUCGAGACCUGUGACGGUCCCUAAGGCGGUCCCUCAGUCGUCUACCUCGAGACCUGUGACGGUCCCUAAGGCGGUCCCUCAGUCGUCUACCUCGAGACCUGUGACGGUCCCUGAGGCGGUCCCUCAGUCGUCUACCUCGAGACCUGUGACGAUACCUAAGGCGGUCCCUCAGUCGUCUACCUCGAGACCUGUGACGGUCCCUAAGGCGGUCCCUCAGUCGUCUACCUCGAGACCUGUGACGGUCCCUGAGGCGGUCCCUCAGUCGUCUACCUCGAGACCUGUGACGAUACCUAAGGCGGUCCCUCAGUCGUCUACCUCGAGACCUGUGACGAUACCUAAGGCGGUCCCUCAGUCGUCUACCUCGAGACCUGUGACGAUACCUAAGGCGGUCCCUCACUCAGCAGCCAUGCCCAUCGAGUUCUACGGUGAUAACAAUGUCUAA